AUGUCAGAUUCUCUCAGUCUGAUUUCUAGCUCCCGCUUCCACCGCCGUGUGACUCUCGAAACAGAAAAUGGCCCAUUGACAGUCUCUUUCGCCGAUAUUGGCUGCAUCACCGGGCCCGCAGUGAUGUUCCUGCCAGGAAUGUUUGCCUCGCGGUAUGUCGGCAUCCCUUUGCACCCAAUUGCAGAGCAUGCUGGAGUACGUUUACUCGUCGUCGACCGACCAGGCAUGGGCGCAUCGACUGAUGUCCCACUCAAUCGAAGACUAGCCACUUGGAUCGACUUGUUCCCGCGCCUGUUGGCGUAUCUUGGCAUUACCCGUAUCAGCCUUAUCGCACAUAGCGCUGGGACGGUGUAUCUGCUUAAUACGUGGGCGCAAUGUCGUGAGCUUUUGAACCCAGACUUUACUUUAUUAGCGCCCUGGGUUGACCCCGACUACUCGCGCGUUACGGUGAUGCAAAUGGCACAGUAUAUACCAGCCAAAGCAUUUACACUCUGGCAUCGUAUUCCGCGAUUCUUCGUCACUCAGGCUGGCCCCGUAGUGGCGUCAAGUGGCGCUUUGCUUCGCCAGAUGUCACCAAAAAGUGGGGUGGCAACAGAGGAGAACAGCUCAUUUCUCGAGGACUAUGGAAUAUCACGGACGGAACAGGCGGAGCUCUUCCGCCUCGCCAUUCCCUUUAUGUGGGAAGAGAAUACAGUAGGCGCUAAUAGCGAGGCUCUUCAAUGUCUCCGGAAGAGCGAUGGUUGUGACUGGGGAGCCUGCUCGGACUAUGCCCAAUGUGCGCAGGUCUUGGCUGCCCGCGAGCAGUCCAUGGAUGGCCAAGCUAGUCUGCGUGUGUAUUUUGCUGCGACGGAUGCCUUGGUGGGUAGUCGGGGACAAAGAUAUUUUGAACAGUGUUGGCAGGCACCAGGUGUCGAAGCCAUUGAUUUUAUCUACACAACGGUGGAUAAAUCAGAUCAUGAUACCGUGAUGCAGUCGGGAGAAGUAUGGGGCGCGAUAUUCGCUGCCAUGAGUGGGCGCCAAUGA